GUCCCGAACCCGAGAGACGACUCUGGGUUUCAGGGACGGAAAUUUUCCGGGAGGGAAGGUCCGGGAUUCACUAUGGAGCCGGUGGUGGCAUCCUGGGGUCCUGGGUCGGUGGUGGCCUGGCUGAGAGGCCUGGAUGACCUGGUACAAGAGUACCCCUUUGAGGAGUGGGCCCUGGUGGGGAGUGAUCUGCUUCAGCUCUGUCCUCAGAGCCUGGAGGCCCUGGGGGUCUGGCAUAUUGGCCAUCAGGAACUCAUCCUAGAUGGAGUGGAACAACUCCGGACUCUGAGCUCUGGGCUAGAGACUGAAAAUCUCCGGAAGUUAACAGAGCAGCUGCAGACCCUUACCCACAAGUUGUGCAGUCUUGUCCCAGGCUGCCUUGGGGCCAGUGGGGAACCCGCCCCAGAACUACUCACUGGAGCUAUCGAGCUGGUCCAAGCAGCUUGGGCCCUCCUCUGCUGGCUCAACAGGUACCUUUUUUCUCAAAUCAAUGACUUCUCCGCCUGCCAGGAGAUUGGGGAUUUGUGCAGAGAGCUGGCCCAGGUCCUGCAGAAGGACUGCCCAGUGGCGAAAAAGGAGGCCCAGAUCCUGAGGCUUGGUGACAACAUUCUGAGCAUCUGUGACGCCAUUCUGAGCUUCAGCCCUGACAACUUGCUGGAUCAGCUGGCCGUCUUGGAGCUGGUGGAGCUGAGAGCCAGGCAUCCGGAGGAACCCCUGGUGAGCCUGUCCUGGACCCUUCUACAAGCCCUGGCCUUGGCUAAGAAAGAGAGGCAGCCCAGCGUGGCGGGGACAGGCCCAGGGGCUGGCUCUGAUGCUGCCUUAGGGACCUCAGGAAGGUGGGUGCGCCAGCUGGUGACUUGCAUUUCCAAGUACAAGUCUCAGAGCCAAAGUCCUAUGCCCAAAGAGGAAGAGUGUUAUAGUGAGACAGAAGCAGAAGACCCAGAUGAGGAAGCAGGGUCUCGCUCAACCUCACCCAGCCCAAUAGGAGUCUGGAGCUCUCCCCCUGGAGGUGUCUUCCCCUCAGCCACGACCCCCCAAGGCAGCCCCACAGUGUCACAUAGCCCUUCAUCAGCCUCAGACAGCAGCAGCGAGGGAGCUCUGGAGCACCUGGUCCAGGGCCUACAGCAGGGGGGCGUGUCCUUUCUGGGGCGCCCCCAGUUCUUGACCCAGGAACAAUGUCGCCGCUCUUUCCUGCGCCGUGCUCGUGACCCCCAGCUCAACGAGCGGGCCCAUCACGUGCGAUGCCUGCAGAGCACGCUCAAGGCGAAGCUUCAGGAGCUGCAGGUCCUGGAUGAGGUGCUGAAUGACCCCAUGUUGACUUCCGAGAAGUUUCGGAGGUGGAAAGAGAAAAACCAGGAAUUAUACUCAGACAGGCCUGGAGGCUGGGCUGGGACAGUGGCUGAAGGGACCUCCUGCUUCCCAACCCUGGAACCUGAGGACCAUACUGCCUUUGACCCCAAAGAGCACCUGCCGCCUAACACCCAAUGCCCAAGGCCCCCUGACCUUUGACUCUGGGGAAGGGAGGACAUUUGCCUUCUAAUCUCUGACCCAGGGGAUUCCCAACCCCUGGGCAGGUGGAGUUAUCUAUCUACCACCUAACCUCUGAUCUCGUCCUCACCCCACCCCCGUUUUGUCCAGGACAAGCUCCUCUCUGGGGUCUGAGUAGGGCUGAGAACCCCCUUGCUAUGCCUCCACCCUCAAUUUCUUGACCCCUAGGCUGUUGGGGUGACAAGUGACAAGUCUCUAUUUCCUGCUUCACAGACCUCAGCUCAAACCCCUUCUCCUUUUCUCCUUCUCUUGGUUCCCCCAAAUUGUCCAACCUAUUUCCCUGCAACUCAAAGCCCAUGACAUGCUGCAUUCUGUCUGACCAGAAUUGUCCGAGAAUGGGGACAACAGAACCCAGCAUCGUUUUAGAUCUUAUCAAUUCCCUCAAAGAGGGAAAAUGAGAGAGCAGAUAGAUGAAAACAUGCAUUUGGAAGGUGAAUCCAGAAGUGGGAGGCAGGGGAGGGGAAGAGGCCAGGGGACCUGAUCCCCUAUUCUGGUCACGUAGACUCAAUCCCUACCUCUUCCUCACCCCACGAUGCACACUCAGCACAGGUGUACCUCGUUUUAUAGAAUGGCUGCAUUUCAGCACAUUAAAACAAAUUUACUCCAGUAUCCCUCUGACUGAUGGUCUGCAAGCCGAGGUGGGCUCCCAGAGGAAGCAGGGCCCCAAUAUCUCAAGAUCACAUCAUCUCAGGUUUGGUGAAGAGACCUCGGAGGCCAUAGUGCGUCCUAAAUGGGACGCUGUUCCUGAAAAGGAGUCAACCAGCUUUUUGUCUAAGGUUUCUAGGGAGGGGUAGCCCACCACCUCCAGAGAACAACCUAGUCCAUUUUUGGAUUACUGGUUGUUAGGAAGUUGUCCUUAUGUGAAAUCUACAUGGUAUGAUAGAUAGAGUGCUGGACUUGGAAUUAGAAAGAUUUGGGUUCAAAUCCUGGCUCAGAUCCUAGUAGUUGUGUGAUCCUGGGGUUAGGGGUAAAAUAUCCCUGAAAGUUCAUAUUCUCUUUUGGUUCAUUAUGCCCCACUGCUCUUGAGUUUACUGUAGUUAUAGUUCAUGUCUUAGGUUUCCACAGAUGUUCAUAAAGAGGAGGGGGCGUGGUCUCUGAUUCUUAUACAAGCAUUCAUGUUAACAUAUGCCUGUCAGGUAUAGGAUAGCCUCCACAGAAAAUGUAGAUGAUGCAAAGGGGCCCAUAAAUAGAUGAAAUAAACAUAUAAGGCAUGCAAAGAA